AUGGAUCCUGUCGAGCUCCUCGAUCGGCAGCUCCAGGCGCUCAGCGCCCCGGUCGACGGCGACGCCGCUCACGCAGAGCUCCAGGAGGCGCGGCGGCUCAUCGCGGAGCGCGACGAGGACAUCCGGUCGUACGAGGGCCAGGUCAACUCGCUCGAGGCGGAGCGGCGAGGCCUGCGCGCCGACGCGGCGGCGGCGCGAGAGGAGGCCAGCCUGCUGGCGAGCGCCGCCGAGGCGGGCGAGGCGGCCACCGCCGAGCUGCAGCGGCAAGUGUCGCGCGCCGAGGCGGACGCGCGGCAAGUGCCGCGGCUGGUUUCGGCGCUCGCGCGGCUCGCGCUCGAGGGGCAGCUGCUCACGCGCGCGGUUGCGGACGCCGAGGCGGAGACGCAGGAGGCGGCUCGCGAGCGGACAGAGCUGUCGGCCUCGCUCGCGCUCGCGCAGCAGCGGGGAAACGGCGAGGCGGCGGCGCGGGCGGCGCAGGAGCGCGCCGAGUCGGAGCGGCUGCUGGCCGAGGAGCGGCGCGCCGGCGCGCGACUCCGCGGCUCGAACCAGGCGCUGGAGGAGAAGCUUGCGGCGGUGGCGGAGCAGCUGGUGAGCGAGCGCGCCUCCCUGGGGUCGGUGCGCGCGCAGGCGGUGGAGGACGCUGCGAGGGUCGGCUCGCUGGAGGUGAGGCUGCAGGCGAGCGACGAGGCGCUGGCGGCGGCGCGGGACGCGCUGGUGGCCGCGCAGGCCGACGCGGCGGCCGACGCGCGGGCUGCGGCGCGGCACGAGGCGGAGGCGAUCCGGCUGGCCGUCCGUGUGGAGGCGCUCGAGCUGGCCGCGGGGCGGAGCGAGCGGGCGGCGGCGGUGCGCGGCGACGCCGAGGCGGAGGCGCGGGAGGCGGCGCAGGGCGCGGCCCGCGAGGUCGAGACCCUCCGCGCUGCGGCCAGCGCCGCGCGGGAGCUGGCCGAGUCUGCCGCAGAGAGCGCUGCGCGCGGGCACGCGGCGGAGCUGGCCCGGGCGAGAGAGGCGCACGCCAAGGAGGUGGAGGAGCUGCGCGUGCGGUGCGCCGACCUGGCGAGCGCCGCGAGCGCCGCGAGCGUGCGCGUGAGCAAGGCCGAGGCGGAGGCGCGCCGGCUCGGCCGGGCGGAGCGGCAGGGCGCCGGGCUCGAGGCGCGCGUGCGGCACCUCGAGGCGGAGCUCAAGAAGAAGUCGGAGAUGGCGGAGCGGCUGCUGCGCCGCCGGAGCUCGUACGCCGCGCCGCCGCCGGCCGCGCUGCCCCCCGCCCUGGUCGGCGAUUUGCUCGACCUCGACGCACCCGACUUGCCGCCGCAGCCGCUCGCGCCGCCGCCGGUCGCGACGCCGGCGCUCGCCACGCCGGCGAGCGCCGCCGCCGCCGCCCCGACGCCCAAGGGGGCGCCCUCGCCGCCCUUCAGCCUCGACGCCGUCCUCGCGGGCGCGCCGGCGGAGCCCGCCGCCGCCACUCUCUCCUCCCGCCCGGCCAGCGAGGCUGGCGAGGGAGCAGCGCCCGACGGGCCGCUAAAGGCCUUCCGGAUGCCGACGCAGACGGCCGCGGCCGCAGACAAGGAGAACACGGCGGCUGCGGCGGCGGCGCGUGCGCGUGGCGCGGCCGCGAAGCCACCGCACGGGUCGCACCGCCGGGACCCGUCGCCGCUUCCGGGCGGGAGCACGCACGGGCGCGUGGGCGCGGCCGCGGUCUCCGGCCCACGGCCCGCGUCGGAGCAGCGGCGCCGGUGCAGCUUCCGCGAGGUGCCCUCGCGCUACAGGUCCCCGAGCAUGCGCAGUGUCGCGCACGCUUCCGGCCAGGGCCGAUGA